AUGGGAAAUCCGUCAGCAAACCGUGUCCGCCCCGAAGAACAGCAGGAGGCCGCCGCGAGCUCGUCAAGGGCCCGGGCCGGGAGCUCGUCAAGCUCCUCGGGCGCGUCGUCCGACUCGUCCGAUGAUGUCAUGACGUCCAAGCCGCGCGAGUCGCAGGCUGCUAUCACCCGCCGCCUGCUCGCCGAAAAGACCGUGGCCGAUGUGGAGAACCCGGACGAUCCGCUGGAGAACCUCGACUUUGUUGAGGACGUCGAAGAGUCGGAGCACUUUGUCAAGCUCCACGAGCACGAAGGCCUGCUCGAGGGCCUCAUCCGGCUCGAUCCCGACCUGGUCUCCAGCUACUCGGGCCGCCGGCGGUACUUUAAGCGCAAGCGCGUCCCUCCGGGCCACGUCGGCCUCGGUGACAACGCCUCGCGGACCAUGUUCUUCCGCCCGGGCUCGUACACACGCAUCGGCCUCGGGCGCAAGCUCCCCUCGCACGCCGUGGCGCCCAUUCCGGGGCCCGGCGGGCGGCUCAACCACGGCGACAUCACGUACGCGCACCUGCGCGACGACCAGGUUGCCGUCCUCAACAUCGGCGAUGAGUCGCACAUCAUCGGCAAGGGCCGGUACAUCAUCCGCACGCCCAACCACCUCUCGGACUUUGUCUCGCUCCGCGAGCCGGGCGACCUCGAGUUCAAGAACAUCAUCCGCGAGUCACAGGAGAUGAUUGAUGGCGAGCUUGUCGACCGCCGAGUCGAGGACCGCGAGGGCGCCGGCUUCCGCAUCUCGGUCGGCUCGGUCCAGUUCCUCCGUGCCGAGCCGGGCUACGUCUGGGCCGUCCAGCGUGGUGACGGCCACGUCCGGACCGGCGAGGGCGUCACCGCCGUUCGCCGUGACGAGAAGUUUAUCGACUGGCUCAACUCGCAGAUGACCACCCGCACCACCGACGUCAAGGUCUACCUCACCGCCGACGUCGAGGAGGCGCAGAUCAAGCUCCAGCUCCAGUGGCGGCUUCGCGACGGCAACCUCUGGGUCCGCCAGUGCAAGGCCUUUGAGGACCCGUUCGACUACUUUGAGGAGAAGCUCGACUCGCUCGUCCAGGACGAGAUCGGCAGCUACUGCAAGUCGGAGCUCGAGCAGCAGCGGCUGGUCAAGUUUGACGAGUUUGAGGCCCACGUUCGCCCCGCGCUUGGCGCUGCCGGCGAAGCCGUCGGCGUCCGCCUCCUCUCCAUCGAGGUUCGCCACCUCCGCUUCCCGGUUGCCGACCGCAUUGAGCGUGAGCGCCGGCUGCACGAGGCCCAGGCACUGCGCAACCAGCGCGAGCACGACCACCAGACCCAGCUCAAGCGCCAGGAGUUGGCCCAGAUCGCAGAGGCCGCAGAGGCCGAGCUCUCGCGCGAGCAGAAUGCUGCCCGCCGCGAGGCCGAAAUCGCUGCCGUCCGCGACGAGCGUGAGCUCGCAAAGGUCGAGGCCGAGUCGGCCCGCUCCCGCCGCGAGAUGGAGGCAGAGCAGGAGCGCGUCCGCAUUCAGGGUGAGACCCAGGUGAUCCAGGCCGAGAACGCCGCCGUCGUCGCCGCCGUCGAGCGCGAGAAGCGCGCAGAGGCCGAGCUCCGCAUUGCCCGCCUCGAAGCCGAGGCCGAAAUCGUCCGCGCAAACGCCGCCGCUGAAGCUGCCCUCAAGAUGGCAAAGAUCUUCUCCGAAAACCCCGAGUACCUCAAGUUCCGCGAGCUCGAGGUCCAGGCCACCAUCGAGCAGGCCCGCAUCGCCGCCGUCGGCCGCUUUGCCGACAACCCCAACGCCCUCCUUCCGGCCACUCUUCAGCAGCAGGUCCUCCGCAUGAACGGCGGCUUUGAUCCGCGCGACCUCGUCAUCUCGCCCAUGGGUGUGCCGUACACCCAGGCAGCCUCCGCCCCACAGAACGGCGCGCGCUCGUAG